UGAGAGCAAACAUCCGCGUUUGAGUUUCUCUGAGCUUUUGCUUCGCUCUAUUCCUCGACAUGCCGGAACCCGCCAAGUCUGCUCCUGCCCCGAAAAAGGGUUCUAAGAAGGCGGUGACCAAAGCGCAAAAGAAAGAUGGCAAGAAGCGCAAGCGUAGUCGCAAGGAGAGUUACUCUAUCUACGUGUACAAGGUGCUGAAGCAGGUCCACCCGGACACGGGCAUUUCGUCCAAGGCUAUGGGCAUCAUGAAUUCUUUCGUCAACGACAUCUUCGAGCGCAUCGCCGGCGAGGCUUCCCGCCUGGCGCACUACAACAAGCGCUCCACCAUCACUUCCCGGGAGAUCCAGACUGCUGUGCGCCUGCUGCUGCCUGGGGAAUUGGCCAAGCACGCCGUGUCCGAGGGCACUAAGGCUGUUACCAAGUACACCAGCUCCAAGUAGACUUGGGCAGUAAAACCUUAAAACUACCACCCCAAGGGCUCUUUUAAGAGCCGCCCACACGCAUGAGAGAGCUCACAACACAUGUUGCAUGAUUUGCUCUUGGAAGGUAACUGCAACCCAAAACGCAGUAAGAUUCCAUCCCUCAACUCGUGGUUUUUAAAAUACUCUGCUGAGUUAACUACGGUCAGGGUGACCAUUUAUUUCAUUCUCUAGAUCCUAGGAUUAUGACCAAGUUUAUCUUAUAAGAUUCCUGUUUUCCUUAGUUAUUUUGGUUUGGUCUAUGGUGACUAACGUGACCCCUUUUAGCUGGUUUACUAAUUGUAAUUAUGUAUAUGUAUUCCGUGUUUAUGCAUGUUAACAUGCUAAGUGGUGUCCAAUAUAGGCAUCGUUCUAUCCUGGAGGGGGAUGGAAAGGGAGGUCUAACAAGUCGCUUAUGCCUUUUAACAAGAUUUUUAAGCAGUAGAGUGAUGACUAAAUUUAUAUAUAAGAAAGGUUAUUCUGUCAGUGUUGUGAUGGAUAGAUUGGAGUGUGUGUACAUGUGUGUUGGGGAUGGAAGCAGUAAAUGGAGAUGGGAAAAUUACAGGUUAUUGAAAUUCUCUAGUGGUUGGUAAUGAAGGCCUAUGUAUCCUAUGAAUAUAAUAUGCAGGAUAAGAUUCCCCAAACAAUGUGAGGAUGAGAUGAAGCUAAAAAGGAUACUUAUAUAAAAAUAAAAAAAAAGACUAAAUAGACCUUUAGAACACUGAAAGAUUAUAUUUUGAAUUAUUUAUUUCAUGAAUAUUUAAAACUGAAAAAAACAAGUGAUUGCUUGAUGACUAAAGAUACAUUUCAAUACUAUUUCCUAUAACUUUAUGACAAAAUCAUCAUCAGUAUACCCAAGAUGAAAUAAUAGAUUAAGUAGUCAAUUUGACAGUAUCCUAUCACAAAAGGGUUGAUAGGGAGAAGAGGGUAACCACAGAUAUGUAAAUAUAUAUUAGAUAUAUUUAUACUUUCUCAAUAUCCUUUGCUUUUUUACCAUAGAUAUCCCGUCUCUCAUUAUAGGUGCAUCCCCAAGCCUUUGUAUCAGCCCUGUUCUCUUUCUGUUUUCCCUUGGUGGCCUCAUCAGGUUUUAUCAUCUUUCUGCAGAUGAUUGCUAAAUGUAUAUAUUGAGCCCCAAGUAUCUCUUCAGUACCAUCCCAACUGUUUAUAGGACAUAUUCAACUGGAAGUAGCCAUCUUAAACUCAACACGAGGAUGGAACUUUGGCAUCAAAUGAGAAAAAGGUGCCUCAGACACUUACUAGCCAUAAGACCCAGAGCAAGUCAUUUAGCUUCUUUUUCUCAAAAAUUUCAUCUGUAAAAUAGGGGAAAUAAUAGCACCUACCCUGGAGUGGUUGUUGUGAACAUGAAAUGAAAAGUGGAGGGCUUUGCAAAUGGUUUCUAUAGUUAUUAUCAUGCCUGAAAACUGAGUCAUUAUUUUUGUCCACCAACCUACUUUUGACCUCUAAGUCUGUGGAGUUCCAGUAUUCUAGGACCCUCAGGUUGGCAAAACCCAUUAACUUGAAGCCUUCACUCUUCCUCCUUCACCUAUCAAAUUAUAACCUCCACACAACUGCAAGUGAUUUUCCUAAAGGGAGACGCAAGUGUAUGUUAAUUCUCCUUUUCAGCUAACUCCGACUUCACUUUUUGACUCUUCUGUAUCUGCGUUUUCUGCUGAGAGCUCCCAGUGAAGAACUUUCUCCACUAAUUAAAACUGCUAAACCCUAGGGAUAGUGACAAGAUGGACUUCCUUGCAAUCUAGUGCCUAGCAUACUAGAAAAUAGCCGAUUUGCCGCAAGACACACUAAAGGUUUAUUGAACUGAGACUCCAAUGGAUAUUCAAUUCAGCUAAAUUCUAUUUGGAAAGUCAUUCCACUUAUUAACUCGUGCAAAUUAAAAGGAUAGUCUGCAAACUCCUUUCCAACAAGUGGCAUGCAAUUGAGCACUCAAAACCUCACAAAGAGUACAAAGUACCAAGAUAAAAUUUUGUGCAACUUUACAGCUUCUCUCAGUGAGAUCGUGGGUGGCUCUGAAAAGAGCCUUUAGCCAUAAAUUCGGAACAAAAGGGGUUUCAAGCUCU